GGAUCUUUUUGCUCUUAUCGAUGGGAGACCCACCGGCAAAGAACAACCAGCAGAGGAGCGAGAUUGAAAGAUUGAACAACUGAUAUGUACAGAGGCAAAUGAAUAUGGGCCCUGGUGGAUCACCACGAUACAUUAUUUGCAGAAGGAUGUGUCUCUCUUCACUGGUGCUCUUUUCCUCUCAGCAAGUCCCAAGUCCUCCCAACUCAAUAGGCCAGUUUUCUGUUGAUGCUCGGCUGUUUCUUGGUCAACCUUGGACGAGGUGGACUGAAACGGCACCCACUCUCACGACAAAUGUAUACCAAAUCCUUGAUUGCACUCCAACUGGAGGACGAUUGUAUUUGGACGCUGGAGAGAUUGUCCAAACCGUGUAAUGUGCCGUAAGCUCAAUGUGUCAACAUACAUCCAUACACCACGCACCCACCACCCAAACGUCCUUAUAACAUCAACAUCGUCCUCCUUCUGUAGCGUGUCCUCUCUCGCUUCACUCUAGAGCCCAUGUCAUCCCCAGCAAUGGCUAUUAACCAUACACACCACGGCCAGAAAAUCAGCUCGAGAGCACAUCGUCGUUCAAUUGACGAACAUCCAAGCACUGAACCGAUGUUACCGACGUGUAGCUAUACAGAACGCCAUGGCAUCCAUACAAUUGGAGCAACGGCGAGCCCACAACCAACAAUUGCGCAAGAGUCUCCACACUACAGUAGCAUAGGCCCCAUACAAGAG